AUGACGGAUUGUGAAGAAGCGGUGAAACCAAAGAAAUUUCAAUGUGAGAUAGAAGGUUGUAGAGCUCAGUUUGACAGACCUAACAGGCUAUUAAAACAUCGACUAACACACUCAAAUAUUAAACCAUAUUCUUGUAUAGAAGACGGAUGUGGUAAAGCCUACACCAGCAAAAAUCACUUAGAAAGGCACAUAAAUACUGCUCACAGAUCUUACAAUGAUACUGAAAUGUACAGUUGGGACAUGUUCGUCUAUGGAAGCAGCAUGUAG